AUGGAAUACGGUGAAGUAGCUCCACACAUUCUCCAAAAAGCGGCGGAGAAUGGCAAAUUAUUUCACCAGACUAUUCAGGAAUUUUUCCGCACCGGGCAGCGGCCGCGACUAACGAAUUUUUCUGCCACCAAGUUGGAGAGGAAAAUCCAGGAAACUAUCGAUUUUCUCGAAAAAGAAAAAUUUGGUUCUUUUUGUGGGAGUGAAAAAUUAUACUACAUUUUUCAUAAAAAAGAAUUAUUAGCCACCUACAUAGACUUAGAGUUUCAGGAUUACAUUAUUGAGUUGAAAACUAGUAAUCUUAAAGCUAGCCAAAGCCCAACUGUCCACACGGGACAAGGAGUAAUUUUUCGGCAGUUUCAAGUUUCGGAAAAGCUUUUAAAAAUACUGGAUAUUUUGCUUGACCUAGCUCGUAAAGAAAAUACUUACUCGCCCGAAACCAAGAAAGAGAUUAUUCAAGGAAUAGUUAAUGAUUACUCGCUUGCUAAAUCA